AUGAAUCAAAGAAAGGUUUUAGUGGAAGGUAUGAGGAAGGCCGGGCAGUUGAAUCUUUUUAGAGGCUUUUCAAUUGGUUCGGAACCGAUUGUGAUAUAUCACCUUCAAUAUGCGGAUGAUACGUUGUGUAUCGGGGAGACGUCGGUGGAGAAUUUGUGGACCCUAAAGGCUAUUCUUAGAGGGUUUGAAUUGACUUCCGGUCUCAAAGUCAAUUUUUGGAAGAGUGGGCUCAUUGGGAUUAAUGUUCCCUCGGCGUUUUUGUCAAUGGCUUGUACUUUCCUUAAUUGUAGGCUUGACUCAAUUCCUUUCAAGUACCUUGGGCUCCCAAUUGGGGCGAAUCCGAAAAGUUUGUCGACUUGGGAUCCUUUAGUGGAGCAUCUUCGGAAUCGGUUAUGUUCUUGGCGGAAUAAACAUAUUAGUCUUGGAGGUAGAGUUGUGAUGAUUAAUGCGGUGUUGAACGCAAUUCCAGUUUUUUACCUAUCCUUUUUAAAGAUGCCGAGGAAAGUGUGGAAGAAAGUAGUGCGUAUUCAAAGGGAGUUCCUUUGGGGAGGGGUGAGAGGUGGUAAUAAGAUUAAUUGGGUUCGGUGGUCGGUGGUGUGUAAAGAGAAAAAGAAGGGAGGAUUAGGGGUUAGGGAUAUUCGGCUUGUUAAUAUUAGCCUGUUAUCUAAGUGGCGUUGGCGUCUUCUUUCUCCGGGGAGAUCGCUUUGGAAGGAGGUCCUUGUGGCUAGAUAUGGUAAUCAUAUUAUCCAUAAUGUUGAUUGGAGCGGGAAUAGAUUUCCUAUUUCGGCGUCUUCUUGGUGGAAGGAUAUAUGCUCUCUCGAUAAGGUUGUGGAGUCUAAGAAUUGGCUUGUAGAGUCGGUGAUCCGGAAAUUGGAACUAAGGGUGGAGGAUGUUUUAGAAGAAGAUGCAAGAAUUAUUUUUGAGAAAAUUUGGGAGAGUCCAGCACCUUCAAAAGUCAUUGCUUUUUCAUGGCAACUCCUCUAUGAUCGGAUCCCUACUAGAAGUAAUCUUGAGAUUCGGUGGAUGCUUAUUACGAAUAAACCUUGGGAGUGUGUGGGGUGUGUUGGUAGUGUUGAAUCUUCUACUCACCUUUUUUUGCAUUAUCCUAGUGCUUUAAUGGUGUGGUACGAGGUGUUUAGGUGGCUUGGAGUGGUGAUUGUGAUUCCUCCUUCUCUCUCUUUGUUGUUCAAGGUGCUUAGAGGAGUUGGUCGAAAUGAGAAGAUCCAGAAAGGAUUUGUGAUGAUUUGGCAUGCUACCCUUUGGUCCCUUUGGAAGGCGCGAAAUGAUUCUAUUUUUGCGAAUGGAUUGUAUAAUCCCAAGGUAAUUGUAGAUGAGGUUAAGGUAUUAAGUUGGAAAUGGUUUGUAGCAAGAUUGAAAGUGCCUCCUUGUUUGUAA